AAGGGAGGCUCCUGGUCGAGCUCCCUGGUCUGGUCGGUGUGUCCUCGGCAGGAUCCACCAUGGUGUCCGUGGAGCUGGGGUUCACGCUGGGGUACAUCCUGGUGGGUCUGUGCUUCGUGGCGCCCCCGUCAGAGUUCAGAGCUGCUGGAAUAACGGUUCAGAACAUUCUAGCUGGCUGGCUUGGCAGUGAAGACCUACACUUUAUCUACUAUCACAUCAAGAGAACAGCAGCCACGACCCUCAUACAUGCAGCUCUCCCCCUGGGGUACUACGCAGGGUUGAGUAUCGUCUCCCCACAUCUUCAGCUAUGGGACUUCGCACUAGCUCCCACCCCUGCUGUCGUCUACUUAGCUGUUUCUAGCGUCGUCUUCUGCGGAGUUGUCGUGAUGAAUUACCUCUGGUCGCGUAGAGGAUGGGAGGGGCAUCCGAUCGUCACGAGACUGAAGAGUCUUGGAGGAAACUCCUGGAGAGCAACCGCAUCCAGCAUCAACGUCGAGUUUCGUAGGAUCGACAAGUUCUCGUCCGGGAUCGGAGGCAUGCGGUUGUACAUCACGGAUUCGUGGAUCUUGAAGACCGGGCCAUACAAUGUCAACAUCGCGCACCAAGCGAACGUCCAUCUGCACGUGAUCAAGACAGAAGAUCACGUGAUCUCGCACGAGACGGGCACCUCUAUCCAGUAUCUCAGAAUCGCAGUCCAACAGCUUUCCCCGGGUGGUAAAACCUUCACGAUACGGUUAAACUCCACAGAAUACGGAGACCUUAAGAACAAACUAAGUGCACCAAUACAUGCUGCAAGAGAUGUAGUCAUAAGGCAGUCUUUGUCGGACAUGUUCUUGGAGGCGUUCCGUCAUCAGGUUUCCCAGAACCCCCAUUACACCCUCCCGGAAGAUGCCCUGCCCGCCGAACCCUGUAUAGGCUGUAUGCAGACACAGUCUAACGUCAAGCUAGUAAAGCAUUGCGAGGAGGGUGAAAGGGGAGAAUGUGUGCAGUGUUACUGUAGACCUAUGUGGUGUUUGGAGUGUAUGGGGAAGUGGUUCUCCAGUAGGCAGGAUCAGGCACACCCUGAGAGAUGGUUGGCUGGAAUAUCACCAUGUCCAACAUGUCGGGCUAAGUUCUGUAUGUUGGACGUUUGUUACAUAGCUUGAAAUAGAAAUGGCUUGGAAGAUGAUUACACUAUGUACUCUAAGUUGCCCAAGUACAUUACAUUAACUUAUAACUUAUGAUUAGAUUGAUUAUAUAUGUUCAUAAUAAGGGAUUCUUGUUAAGGCAGUUUUGUUAUUUUCUGGGAUCUUCCAUUACAUGUUGUACAUCUAUGCUUGUAUUAGCCAAGAAUUAUUCUUGAUUGUUGAAAAAGUGAACUGACAAUUAUGCUAAUAUAUCCAGAAUAUAGGUCUAAUGAAGAAAUGCCAUGUCAAAAUGUGUCAGGAAUGUCAUAGCCAGAAUCAGGGCAGUGCACACUUAAUUCUUAAAUUUAUGCAGUUAAGUUCAUAGAACAUUUUGCACAACAAGGAAAGAUCUGCUGCAACUCUGAAAUAACAUUUUUUUUUCAUUUCUAGCUACCA